AUGGGACGACAGUCGCUGCGAAGUCCGUACCCAAUUACUGCGCGAACAUCCAGCGUCAACGCAGAGACCAUCAUGUACGACGAAAGAAAUCUGCCUAGACAGGCAAGUCAAGGGACAACAAGAAUGGCCGAAAGGAACAGAAUGGCUUCUAUGCAACAGCCAGAUCCGGUGGAUUCCUCGUCCUUCGAUCGAGAACUCCGUGUGAGGGCAUCGUCACCGUUACUUGGUCGAAGCUAUCAAUCGUCCGCCAGAUAUUCUUUCCGUCCGCCUUUAGAAAAACCUCAAUUGCACAAUCCGAGCUCACCGCCGGGCCCCUCCCGCAACAUGAAUUUCGACAAAUAUGCAUUUGACACCCAGUCACAGCGAAGCUUGGCAUUUGGUGUGGUGGACGAUAUGCGAGGGAUUGGUUUCCCUCACCUGGACCAUAACACCGAAGCAGCCACCAAAAAGACGGAACAGCGGGAAGUCGCACCAAAAAAGAAACCAAGCAGACUCGAUCUUUCUCUCCUAUUUCCCAAACCGAAGCCUGCUGCGGCUCCAUUGCUUUCUCCCCAGCGGUAUACGAAUUCGCCGUCACCUGUUACUUCAGACUUCUCGGCAAAAUCUCCACCAGCCAAACUCAAAAAGCCUCGUUCCAGGGGUAAUGUUCGAGCGUCUGUUAAGGAACCUACGGCUCCGAUUUUUGAUGAACCGCCGCUUCCCCGCACACGAGUUUCCAGUCGCAGACCUGCCGUUGACUGGUUUGACGUACCUCUGGAGAAAAUUAUUCGCCUCGGAGAGUCGCUUGAAGUUGACGUUGACAAUGACAGGGAUGAGGACGACACUGAGAAGUCCGAUGUUGUAUCGAAUAAUCCAAAACCAUUGGCGGCGGCGACAUAUUCGCGAACACCAGCGGCAGCUGGAACGAAAGCAGUCUCCCCUCCAAGAGAAACAGCCAAGACUACUGCUCCCAGUUCAAAGAGAUCAUCACGUACUCCUCCGUCGGUACCGUAUCAAGCACCCCAUCAAAACCGUAGAACCGAGAAUCAGUACUAUCGCCAACUAUUGCCUCCCUCAAAUAACCCCCGUUCUCGCACCUCUCUUCAGUCAUGGCAGUCGGAAGGCGAUUUGCGCGCGGCUAAUCAAAAACAAAAACCAGCUGGCCGCCUGUCGAAAAAGAAGAGCAAUAGCACCUUCCAAACGCUAGACUUGACAAAGAACAGCGUCUUAUCUUUAUCAUCCUCCGAAGAUGAAGGCGGAGAUGAAACCCAUUCCGAUGCAGACGAGGACUACGGCGAGCAGCUCAUGAGAAAGGCGGCCCCCUCUCGAGGGCCUCGGGACAGUUUCGCCACAAACGACUACGUCGAACCAGAGAUAUGCCAUGCCGAGGCGGUAGUAGCUACCAAAGGGUAUACCUUGACACGUCUCGGCCGGGCCAGUUCAAAUGUAUCUAGUGUCAGCUCCGACUCGCGUGGUACGCAACGGCGUCCCAUUCCUUCGCGACCCGACUCGCUGGCUUCGAUGGGCAAAUCAUCCAUUUCGACCAAGAUGUAUGGGCCGUCUGGGCACUUUGAUGUACCUCUGAUCGAGGAGCCUGAAGAGCAAGCGGACCGUGUCAAUAGUACCCGACGGUCCCGGCUUUCUUCUCAAUCGUACAGCGAUCUCCACUCUGCGAAGAGAAGAAGUCGCAUCAUCGCAGUUACCCGACAGGAAGAGUCGUUACUAGAGGCAAUGAGAUUGCGCAAUGGCCGAAUUACCCCCAGCAUAUUCCAGGGCAUUUCUGCAUCUCAGACAGAGGAUUCCGAGUCAGCCUUCGCAACACUUGACUCUCCCGCGACUCAAUGUGAUACUUCGUUCCUCCGACUCAGUGCCGCAAUGCAAAUCCCGCCCAUUACCUCACCGAAUCUCGCUGAGAGCACAGCCUCUGAAAAUGACACAUAUGUACCGUAUCGCCCUGCGUCCGAUGCCGAGCAGAAAAUUGAUCAUCACAGCAUUAAUAAUUCAACCGCAUCGCCUCGAUUGAGUCUCGCAUACUCCGAGACACCUUCAUCUACCUCGACCAUGGGCCAUGCCUCUCCCGUCACGCCUACCGUUCUGCCAAUUCAUCGAUUCUCUCAGGCAGCUCCUCCUCCUUCCUACGCACCACCUCCAGUUCCGGACGAUGUGAUGGCACGACGCCAUUCCCGUCGUAGGACAGAUAGCAGCGAAGCCAUCGUGUUGGAAGAAUCAGAUGCCGAGAAGAUACCCAACCCGCAUCUAUACCCAUUGUGGGCUGUCAAAUGGACUCGGGAUCCUAAUGAUGUCGCUAUUGCGCAUUAAUCAUUUUACUUUCGCUCCUCAAUUCGGCAAGAUAUAUAUUCGAAGUUAUAGCACCUUCAACCAUGAAGGUACUCAGAGUACAUAAUGCUCCUUCUUUUCUUUUCAUUUGUCAGGUAGAUGGGAUGGUAAUGGUUGCAUUGGGAACAAGAUAUUUUACCGCUGGCUUGCUUUUCUUCUUUAUU